UGGUUCGUUUUGUAUUCAAAAUGACGACGACGACGACACGAGGAGGGGUACAGCGGCAGCUCGAUACUUGUAGCAAAGCGUAAACACGAGCCGAGUAAUGUAUUCCACUAGUUCCCCCUUAGCGCAGUGUGCUCUCGCCUUCAGCGCUGGGUUGUGUGCCGGGCCGGCUUGCAACAUGGUAACAGAAGGUUCUCGGCAAGGUUCAAAGUCGUAACACUGACUAGUUUCCCCCUGGUGUGUGACAAAGUAAGUCGAAGAAGUUGCGCUCGCUUCCGACCACUUUCAAGUUGCUUUUGAAAUACUUUUCGAACCUUGGCUCUGUCUCUCUCUCUCUGGCUGCAACGAGAACUAGUACUAGUAGAUUAACUCUACUCGAAGAAUCGCAUGCUGCUGCUGCGACACUGGGACAGAAUUUCAAUCAGCUUUCCAUUGUUCGUCUCUCGUCUUCCUUGGAAAGAAUUUGGGCGACAAUGUCGGAAAAUGAGGAAUUGACGGUGGAUGAUGGGCACCCCGUGUCCGCUUUUCAACUGCAUCGCGAAAGUAGUUACAAGAAAAGGGAAGUGUACGAAAAGCUCGUAGCUUCCAAAAAGACGACCGUCGUUGAUGGAGCCUCGUCGAGUUCCAUAAUGGCACAAUCAGUGGGCAAUCCGGGGCCCACGUCGUCGUCUUCUUCUUCUUUGCAAGCGUCGCUCGUCUCUCGGCCGUCACGCCAGUCUGCGGCCAAACGUGAAAGCAAUUCUUCUAUGACGUCCGCGAUGUUGAGUUUGAAUGGGCCGCCGUCUUCAUUCGCUUCCAAUCUGCCCGACUGUAAACCGUAUUCGCUGCUGCUGGGCGAGAAUAUUCUCGUUGAAUGUUCCCUCCUGAAAAGAUACCUGUUAUUACUGAAAGAUGCCCUGUCAAAACCCGACUUGUCUGUUGUCGAAUUGCAAACCCUUACCCACGAUGUCAGGAAAGCCAGAGAAGUCUUGGUGGAAAAGGUUGCAGUACCUCUCAACGAUUUUCAGAGGGAAUUGCAGGAGCAAAUUUCUCAUGAGCACAUUCAUUCGGCAAUUGCGGGUCCUCCUGUCCAUUCGUUUCAUGAGCUUAGAAAUAGUUUGCUGCUCCCGCCGACUCCCACGGCCACGCAUCCAUAUCCUUCUCAUCUCUACAUGUAUCCCGGCUCUGAGCAGCUAACGGACAGGAGAAAUCCGCUAAGUAUUACCGAUCAGAGCUGCGUUCCCUAUAAUGCGCAACCUGCGCAUUGAAAUGAAUUUCUUUUUUUUUUGCUUAUUAUUCAAGUGUUCAAAAAAAAAGUUGAAAUCUUCUUUUUCAUGUCUCACUGCCAUACUGCUCCAUUUCAAGCGUACAUGUGUCGUCUGAAUUCUUUUUUAAGUUGCCGCGCUCUAUUGAAUAAAGUAUUGUUAGGGCGGGUCUUUUUUUUGUGAAAUAUCCCGUAAGAAAAUGUAGAACAGGCGGGAUCUAAAAUUUUUUUGCGUGGUUAAUUCUAUGACUUGAAAUUUUGAACCUCAUAAUGCGUUCAAAAAAACAAAAUUUUAAACUUUUUAUUACUUUUUACGCUUUUAUUCCUUCUUUUAAAAAUUUUAAUAUGUAUUUUUCCCCUUACUUAAUCAACCUCUACUCGUUGUAGCACUUGUGUGUGUAAUUUUCAUUAUUUUCAAAUAAAUGCACGUUAAAAACAA